ACCCCCAUACCUAAUUUCAGUCACAUAAUUUUUAUUCAAACUGCUGACCAGGGACCAAGACAAAAUGCCUUUCAGUGCUUCAGAUAAGGAUGAUAUUGCCCAUAUCUGGGAAAAGGUUGCUGGACAUGUUGACAGCCUUGGUGAAGAAGCCAUGGAUAGGCUCUUCAAAUGCCGCCCAGAAACAAAGACAUACUUCAGUCAUUUAAAUGUGGAGCAUGGAUCUGCUGAUAUCAGGUCUCAGGGAUCCAAGGUUCUUAAGGCCAUUGGACAUGCAAGCAAAAAUCUGGACCAUUUGGAUGAAGCUCUGAGCAAUCUCAGUGACCUGCAUGCCCACAACCUGAGAGUGGAUCCAGGAAACUUUUAUCUGCUCUGCCACAACAUCCUAGUGGUCCUGGCUAUCCAUUUCCCAACGGAUUUUACACCACAUGCUCAUGCAGCAUGGGACAAGUUCCUGGCUGCAAUCACUGAUACACUGUGCUCCAAGUACAGAUAAGCAAUAAGUCCAUAUAUCAGUCAGUCCGAAUAAAAGAAUCCAUGACAAUGAGAGGGCUUUUUAUCUAUCAAUAAAACAUGAAUGAUCAAACCUA